AUGCCAGCAACCAACCAGGGCUGGCCCGAGGCCUUCGGGUUCAAGAUAAGCGGGACCGGUCCGAAAACCCAACGCUGCAGGGUGGUCAACAAGGAGUUUUCUGCAUCCCGCACGUAUUUGCUGCACCCCGCCAGGCUGCAGGUGGAUGACAUCCUCGGUGACCAGCCAGAGGUCAAGGAGAAGGUGUUCACCAUUCUGAAGCAGUACGCGGCAGAGCGGAAGGUGGAGUACUUGGCCUACGCCCUCUGCAUGGUCCUCACCCAGGAGUCCCACCAGCAUCUGAUUGACAACAUCAGGAUUUUCAUCCCCAAGAAGCACCGGCAGCGGUUUGACGAGGUGGUGUCGCAGAGCCUGAUCAGUAAGCUCUGCCGCUCCAAGAGCGAGCAGCACAGCAAUCGGCUGCGGCGCAGCCGGAGCGAGGACCACCAGGAGCGGCUCCUCGUCUCCCCCCGUGCCAGCUCCGUGCCCCGCAGCCACGAGGAGGUCAGCAAGAGCCUGCGGAAAACCACUUCGCUCAUCACCAGCAAUGUGGCCUCGGGGGCUGCCCGCAGAACUGUGCGAGUUUAUAAAGGCAACAGGAGCUUUGGCUUCACGCUACGUGGCCAUGCCCCGGUGUGGAUCGAGUCUGUUCUGCCAGGGAGCCCAGCUGAGAAGGCUGCUCUCAAAGCUGGAGACCGGAUCCUAUUCCUCAACGGUCUGGACAUGAGGAACUGCUCCCAUGACAAGGUGGUGUCGAUGCUGCAGGGCAGCGGGGCGAUGCCCACCUUGGUGGUGGAAGAGGGGAUCGUCAACUUCUCCAACGACUCUGACUCUGCUGACUCCCCGAGCACCUCCUCUGCCCUCACCUCCCUGCAAUGGGUUGCAGAGAUACUCCCCUCUAGCAUCAAGAUUCAAGGAAGGACCUUCAACCAGCAGCUGGAGCACCUGCUGACUCCACCUGAGCGCUAUACCAUCUGCAAAGCGCUGGAAGGCUUCUUCCAACAUCGGAAUAUUGACACUCUCAUUGUGGAUGUGUACCCGUUGCUGGACACACCGGCCAAGCAAGUCAUUUGGCAGUUUAUCUACCAGCUGCUGACGUAUGAAGAGCAGGAGCACUGCCAGCAAAAGAUUGCCAGGUUUCUUGGUUACAAGUCCUUGGCAGCACAGCCUUUCCCCUCGCAGGAAGAAGCAGCUCGAAGUCCUGAGGAUCGCUACCGCAGCUCCGUUCGAGGGGCAUCCUUGUGCCGGGGAAGCCUCCGAACCCCCCGCCCCGAGGAAGGGGGGGCAGCAGGCCAGAGCGACACCGUGGAGGUCCCGGUUCGCCUGAUCCCUGGAGAGAGGCAGGCUGGCGACGGCACAUCCCUCCCGGAGACGCCCAACCCCAAAAUGAUGUCAGCUGUCUACGCAGAAUUAGAAAACCGCCUGAUCAGCAGCUUUGCUGGCAAGAUGGGUAACGCUGCCCGGCACAGAGCAUCGCCUCCUGCCCCAGAGCUGGCACACGCUGCAGGUGCUCGCAAGCCGGGGAUGGCGAUCUCGUGGCCAAGCGACCCUCUGGCCUCCCAGCAGUGCUACUACCGCCUGCACAGCAGCGUGGCUUCCCCGAGCAGCACCGAGUCCAACCCCUAUGUCAGCCUCGACAGCAGCCCAGCCCCGUCCCCCAAGCACCGGGACUACUCGCUCAGCCCUCUGUCGCGACGGAAGAAGCUCUUCACCUUCUCCAGGCCCCCGCGCAGCCGCGACACCGACCGAUUCCUGGAUGCCCUCAGUGAGCAGCUGGGACACCGGGUCACCAUCGUGGAUGAUUUCCUCACCCCCGAGAACGACUACGAGGAGAUGAGUUUCCAUGAUGACCAGGGCAGCUACGUCACCAACGAUGUCAGCAGCAGCGAGUACAUCAGCAGCAGCGAUGAGGGCAGCUCCCUGACCUACUCCACUCUCUCGGACCACAUCCCCCUUGGGGAAGACUCGGAUUACGACAAGCUGAGUGAUAUGGUCAAAUACCUUGACCUGGAGCUGCACUUCGGGACGCAGAAGCCUACGAAGCCAACUCUCAUGCCUGAAAGCUUUAAAAAGAAAGACGUGGUUGAAAUUUUGUCCCACAAAAAGGCCUACAACACAUCCAUCCUGAUAGCCCACCUCAAGCUCUCGCACAUCGAGCUGCGCCAGAUCCUCAUGACGAUGGAGACAGACCGCCUGGAGCCUUCCCACAUCAAGCAGCUCUUGCUGUACGCCCCGGACGGGGAGGAAGUCCAGCGCUUCCAGAGCUACAAGGAGAACCCCGGCAAGCUGAGCGAGCCCGACCAGUUUGUGCUGCAGAUGUUGUCCGUACCAGAAUACAAGAUCCGCCUGCGCAGCCUACAUUUUAAGACCACUCUGCAGGAGAAGACAGAGGAGAUCAAAGCUAGCUACGAGUGCAUCUGCAAGGCCUCUCUAGAGCUGAAAAGCAGCAAGAAGCUGGCUAAGAUCUUGGAGUUUGUGCUGGCGAUGGGAAACUAUCUGAACAACGGGCAGCCCAAGACCAGCAAAACAACAGGCUUUAAAAUCAACUUUCUCACCGAGCUGAACACAACCAAGACUGUUGAUGGGAAAUCCACCUUCCUGCACAUUCUUGCCAAAUCACUUAGCCAACAUUUCCCAGAGCUCCUGGGCUUUGCCAAGGAUCUUCCUACAGUGCCGCUCGCUGCCAAAGUGAAUCAGAGAACACUGACGGCGGACCUAAAGGACCUGCACACCACCGUCAGUGACAUACAGAUGGCCUGUCACAACAUGCCAGCUACCGCAGAGGACAGAUUUGCAAUUGUGAUGACUUCCUUCCUGGAGAGUGCCCAGCCUGCCAUGCGAUCCUUGGAUGACCUGCAGCACAAGGCCAUGGAAGAAUUCAGCAAGGUGUUGUCCUUCUUCGGGGAAGACUCGAAAAUGACAACUUCUGAAGCUUUCUUUGGCAUUUUUGCAGAAUUCAUGAGCAAGUUUGAGCGGGCACUCAGCGAUGUGCAGCUCGGCGAAAGCCAGCGCAGCCCCAGGAUGACCUCCCCCCUUGCCUGGUGA